AUGAACUCCGAAUGCUACCAGUGCUCUCAACCGAUCAAAACACUUGAAUAUAUGCAGUGCAAUGGGUUUUGUAACCAGGCUGUACAUCUCAAAUGCACCGGAUUCAAGCGACCUAAUAUGGAACUCGUGAACAGUAAUCAUAACCUGUUAUGGUUCUGUGAUAAUUGUAUCGAGCAUCUUAAACAAUUUAAAGAAACACCUACUCCUAUGGCUCAUGACAUUGUGGCUGCUGUCUCGGAGAAUAUAUCUGAUUCAUUAUCAGCACUAAAAUCUGAGCUACUUGAAACUAAAGCAUUGACUAAGGCACUAAUAGAUAAAACCACAAACGACGUUUGUGAUCCUAACAGGGCACGCUCCGCUUGGCCGAGUGUCAAACGGCCCCGCGAUGUUGCAUUAAGAGAAACGCCAAAAUCACGCACUACCACCAAGCUCGCUUGUGGUACGAAACCUGUUGAAAAAUUAAGCAAAACUGUAGCUACUGUUGAAAAAGCACCUGAGAAAUUUUGGCUAUAUCUGUCCCGGAUUGCCUGUCACGUUACGGAAGAGGACAUUUCCGAGCUGGUUAAAAGUUGCUUGAGCACUGAACUGACCGUAGACGUUAAAAAACUUGUACGUAAAGAUGCUGAUCUGAAGCAACUUGCUUUCAUUUCCUUCAAAAUUGGAAUUGAUACAAGAUUGAAGGAGACUGCAUUGGACCCUGCAUCCUGGCCUAAGGGAAUUUACUUCAGGGAGUUUGAACAUCUGCAGUCGUCGCGGGAUUUUUGGGGACCGACAAAAAUACUUCGGAUCGAUGGUGCAACCCCCUCAAGGAUCGUAUCAUCACCGAAAAUUUUAGCUACACCUAUAGAUUGA